AUGACUUAUUCAAAGAGCCGUCGGCAGAUGGCUUUCGGCGGCCAACGAGAUGAGAGCGUCAGGACGUUGCCUCGUGGUGUGCAGGGGCUGUCACAUCGCUUGGUGGGAACAUCGAGAUGGGAUUUCGAAGAAUGUCAUGUUGACGCCAUCGGUCCACAGUCUUGGCGCUGGCUUGGUCAGCAACGGGUGCCACGUGCUAAGUUAGUUAAUGGUUUUAACUCGGGGGUUGCGGCCGUGCCUCGGCAUCGAAGACGAGGCUACAAAGGUUGUUCGGAGGGUUUUCAUUAUGCGCAAAUCUUUGUCUUGAUAUUGACGAAUAGCACGUGCCGCAUCUGUCCCCAUCAAUAUUCAUCUUGGGGUUUUGCGCCUGUGCUAGGCACCGUUCCCUCAUCAAUGAUUACAGCAACUUCAACAUCUUCGACCGGCUGUACGGAAUUCGAAGUGGAAACGAAACAGUGCAACAGGGCUCUCGGCUAUAACACAGGCGCAUAG